UAUUUAAAAGUAUUGUUAACGUCUAUCUUCUAUUCCGUUGUUAUUUGCCAGCUGACUAGAACAACUAAAAAAAAAAACAAUGACUUUAGAUUGAUAGAAACAAUAUCAGAAAAUAUUCGUUCCACUUUCAGCGUGAUAAUUUCGUAAUAGCAAACUAAUUUAAUUGAAAAAGUUAAAGUUUUACUUAUAUUUUCUUCUUUCUUUUAUUAGUAUGAUGCGUUGCACUAAGCUUCUUAGUGUAUAAAUAAGCUAUUCGAUAACAUUGGUAUCAGUCUUAACGAAUCUCACGAUUUAAUGUCUACUCUAGCAGGCUAAUAAAUUACCGAGCAUAUUAAUAAAUAUUUUAAAUAAUGGAUUUCGUAUUUCGUACUCGUACUCCUGGGAUUCCUGCUGAGGGUUUACGAGAUGAGUAUGGCGAUGGAAGAACUUCUGAAAUCUGGAAAACUAUAAUUGCAGAUGAAAAACAACGUACUCAACUUUACAAAGACUUUUUAGUGGGUUUGUUACGAGAAAAUGGUUGCAAGAGAAUCCUCGAUGUUGCCUGCGGCACAGGAAUCGACUCUAAAAUGCUCAUUGAAGAAGGAUUCCAAGUUGUCAGUGUUGAUGCUUCUGAUAGAAUGCUCAAACAUGCGAUCAAAUACCGAUGGGAUCGAAGAAAAGAACCUGGUUUUGAUGAAUGGGUUAUCGAAGAAGCCAAUUGGUUAACACUGAUUAAAGAUAUUGGACAUCUUAUUGACGGUGGUUUUGAUGCUGUGAUUUGUUUAGGCAACAGUUUCGCUCACAUCCAUGACACUUAUGGCGAUCAGAGAGAACAGAAACAAAUAUUAAAAAACUUUGAGAUGUGUCUUACACCCGGUGGCUUUCUUCUUAUCGAUCACAGAAAUUAUGAUCAUUUAUUGGUUAAUCGGGGUGAAACCAACAACUUGGCGAGUUUUUGAAAAUUAACAAUUCUCUUAGCGGGAAGUUAAAAAAGUCAAAUUGAAAAUGAAUAUUUGUUCAUCGCAUAAAUAAUUUUAUAUUUGAUAAUAUCGUUUCCAUCUGUCUUCUACUCUGUGGUAAUAUGCCAGCUAACAAAGAAAAAUAACAAAAAAAAAAAAUAAAAAUGACUUUAGAAUAAUAAAAACCAUAUCAAAAAAAAAUUCGCUCCACUUUCAGAAGGUUAAU